CCGCACUGAGCCGCUGUACUGAAGUAUCGCAGACAUGUCAACAAUAUAAAAAUGGCGGGAGUCAUUACCCGGAGUUCUUUUUAUUUUUUAACUGAACUCACAGCUGAGAGGGUGCAGAGGCUGCUUUCACAUACUCGAAUGAAAGAAGUAUCAAGAAUAUGUAAAGUCUACUUUUCAAGUGAUACCAAACCAGCAGCCAAAACCAACAAUCUCUUGUGCCAAUACAAUGAGAUCAAGAAACGUUACCCAGAGUUUGUUGUGCUGUUUCAAGUUGGAGAUUUCUAUGAGAUUUAUGGAAAGGAUGCCAUUGAUGUUUCACAGAAGCUGUCUUUGCGCUUGACUAAAAGUGCAACUGUAAGCAAGCUAAUGGCUGGUUUUCCUGUCAGGUCACUCAACAGCUGGUUAACACCACUUGUCCAACAUGGAUUCCAGAUUGCAAUCUCGCAACAAAUACCAGAGAAGACAUCAAAGUCUUCAAAGCUUAUCCAUCGUGAUGUGGUGAGGCUUGUCACACCUGGAACUGUACUCGAGCCUCUAGAGCCUGAUGCCAACUAUCUACUCAGUCUAACUAGAGGCCCUGGUGGCUCCCUUGGGGUGGCCUGGGUGGAUAUUUCAACAGGAGAAUUCCACCUUGCCACCUCAACUCUAGACACUCUGGAAGAGGAUCUAACAAGAAUUAAUCCCGCUGAGAUUUUGAUUACAGCCAGAGAUAUGGAAGAAGCUAACCCCAGUCCAAACUACAAAGUACCAAAGAAAUUAAGCAAACCACCACUGAGCUGUGUAGAGAAAUUCCAUGUCACCACAAUCCCAGAAGAAUGGUUUGACAACAGUGAUCCAACCUCACAAAACAACAUCAAGCACUUCCUUUCCACAAACACAGCCAAUUUCUCAUCUAUAGAACUCUGUGCUGGAGUAGCGCUGCUCAACUUUUUAAGCUACACACAAAAAGAUGUGACCCCUAUACUAAAUAAACCAUCUCAAUAUAACCACCAAACACACAUGGCCAUUGACUCCAAUACCCGACGCUCACUUGAACUCACUGAGCCUCUAAUGAAUUCCGAUAAGAAGGCCACUUUAUUCGGUGUUAUGAACACUACUUGUACCCAUGCGGGUAGAAGACUUCUUCACGCACGGAUUUGUGCUCCAUCAACGCAAGUGCAUGUGAUCCAGUCGCGUCUGAAUAGUGUUGAGAUGUUCUACAAUGAUCGUCACUUGAAUGAAGAAGUGCGUCAAUGUCUAAAAAGAUGUCCUGACAUUGAACGGACUCUACAAAAGGUAGCUACCUCAAUGGCAGGACUAGCUGACCUUCGCCUCAUCCGGGACUCAAUCAUCAUAUACUCUAACAUCCGGGAUCUUUUGCGCUCAAGCAUUGCACACGAAUCCAUCUCUGUGAUUGGCUUAUUACGUGCGCUAGACUACGAAGCCAUGGAGGGCCUGCGCACAAAGCUGGAGCAGGCCGUAGGUCACGUGGAGUCUGUGGAGGCUAGUGUGCUGGAGGGCUACUCAGAUGAGGCCGACGAGAUACGCGCAAAGAUAGGCGAAAACGAGCAACAAGUUAAAGACUUGAUGGAAAGUUAUAGGUCUUUGCUGAAUAUCCCCAAGCUAACCAUUAGUCCCCACCGAGCAUUCAUCCGCGUUGUCGAGAUCCCAUCAUCAAAGGAAGCCGUGAUGGCGGACCGUGAGGAUUUCGUACGUGUAGAUGGCGUCACUGGUAAAGUUCGCUACAGCACUUUGAGGCUGCAAGAGUUAAACGCUGAACUGAAGUCGCUACAAGAGCAUCACGAGCGAACACAGAAAGCUCUUUCUAAUGAUCUCUGUCACCAGGUCACGCGUCAUGCCGAUCAGCUACGACAACUCGCUAGAACUCUCGCGGAAAUCGACGUGGCCUCGUCCUUGGGUCUCCUUGCUCUGACUCGCGGAUACACCAAGCCCAAGAUCGUAACGACUACAGACUUCAGGGUGUCUGGCGGGCGACACCCUGUUGUAGACUUGCUCAGACCUGACAGCUUCGUCUGCAAUGACUGCGAUCUUAGUAAAAAAAGGGUGUGGAUCGUCACGGGGCCUAAUAUGGGAGGCAAAAGCACGUUUUUGCGGCAGAACGCCCUGAUUGCCAUCCUAGCGCAGGCGGGGUCGUAUGUACCAGCGCAACAAGCUACUGUGGGGAUUGUGGAUCGUCUGUUUGCGCGAAUUGGGGCAAGUGACAACCUCGUUCAACACCAGUCUACUUUCAUGUCGGAGAUGCUAGAGACGGCCUACAUACUGACAAACGCCACGGAGAAAUCACUCGUCUUAAUAGACGAAAUCGGUCGCGGUACAUCAAUGCUAGACGGGAUGUCCAUAGCAUGGGCGGUUACAGAGCACCUCCAUGACGUCAUACGUUGCCGUACACUCGCCUCAACCCACUUUCACCAGCUCGCUCGUCUGACCCAGGCCCUCCCGGCGGUUGCCUGCUAUCACGUGACAGCACUGUUAGUUGACGAGGGGAUAACUUUCACUUUCAAAGUAAUGCACGGCACUGGCCAGCACUCAUUUGGCAUCGACGUCGCACGACUUGCCGGGAUACCUAAGGCCGUUGAGGCCCGGGCACGAGAGAUUGCGCGACCGUUUGAAAAGCCGUCUAUCGGUGCAGAAUCUGGACAAGAAUGGGGCGAUGGAGAAUAUUCUGAAACAUCAGAUGGCCCGGAGAGCAGUGUUAGAUAUCUGCGCCAAGAACUGAGUGCUUUUGACAACAUUGAAGUUCCGACGUGUGCAGCCGCAUCGCCACAUAAUACUCAAAACACGAUUCUCAAUCACUGUAACCCGGAUCCCUUAGAUUCAACGAUAUAUGAACAUCCAAACAGGGGCAUUUGCCUUACGAACACUGAGCCCAGCCAUGUGCUGAACACGUGCCAUAACAAUGGUGAGGAAUGGGGUAAGUACUUUCCGUCCCAUCAUGCAAAUGGCGAACAAUAUGCCUCGCCGUCCCAAAAUGCACAUGGGGUGGAGUUUUUAUCCCGUGAUACAAAAAAUAUGGACUUAAUUCCUUCCCAUGAUGCUAUUGAAGGUGAGCUCACGCCUUCCCGUGACGCUUAUGGGACAGAACACCCGCCUUCCCGUCAUACAGAUGAGGUGGAACUUGUACAUUCCUGUCAUGCAAAUGGGGUGCUGAUUAUUGUCCCCGAGUCUCUGACGUCACACGAGGCCAAACAGAUAAUCGUUAAAGCUGCCGAAAAAUGUCUAUUUAAAUAAAAGCCAUGACACCUA